CCCGAGGCUCUGUACCAAGCUUUUAUACAACGUACCUACCGCUCACCUUUACGACAACCUCCCACUCCCUAAAUACCCACCACAGUCCUAACAACACAUCAUCACAAACGCCAAAAUGGGUAUGAAAGGACGUUGCCAAUGUGCGAACGUCGAAUUCGAAACCCCAACGGACAAACCACUAGGUCUAUACGUCUGCCACUGCACCCAAUGCCAACACCAGAGUGCCUCUGCUCACGGCAUCACCGCCAUCUUCCCAUACUUUGAUCUCCCCUCAUCCGCCGCCGACCGCGUGGGUGUCUGGACGCGCCCCACACUGAAGGGCCGAUUAAUGGAGUGCGUAUUCUGCAAGAACUGUGGUGUUCGCCUUUUCCACCGUUUUCAGGAUUCGAUGCCAGCGCCCGGGGUGAAGCCGGGUCCUACGGCGACGACGAAUGUGAAGGGUGGGUGUUUGCUGGGGUUGGAUAAGGAGAUGAUGAAGAGUGCUGUGCAUUGUUGGACACAGCAUGCGAUCGUUGAUAUCCCGGAGGGCGUGGAGAGUUAUGCGACCGAGCCGCCGCGGCCGACUCAAGCGCAAACGAAGAGCUGAGUGAAGAUUCGAUAUUUUCGAUGCUGGUUCACGUUCCUCCCAAAUGGAAACAAAUACAUGAAACUGUUGGCCUAUAUAUGCUCAGAUAGCUUCUACUG